AUGUCAAUGAAACAGGCGACCAACGUGUAUGAGAAGGAGAAGAGUGCAUUUGAUGAUGAUGUGAAGAAAGAGGAAGACUCUGCUAUUUCAGACCUGACCCUUCGAGACGAGUCCUGUAAUGUGUCCAGCACAAUCGAUGCAGGCAUCCGCUUCUUGGCCCCCAUUGACCAUGACGUGGAAAAGGAGAAAGAGAAGGAACGCCGUAGCAGGAUGAGCCAAGAUCUAGCACUAGAAACUGCCGGUAGUCCAAGCACGUUCCAUCCAAGCAUCCGCAAUGCAGAAAAGGAGAAAGAGAAGGAACGCCGUAGCAGGGUGAGCCAAGAUCUAGAUACUUCCAAUAGUGUUGAUGCAUUCCAUCCAAACAUCCGCAAGGCGAUAGAAGAAGCAUUGGCCCCCAGUGCCGAUGACAUGGAAAAGGAGAAAGAGAAGGAACGCCGUAGCAGAAUGAGCCAAGGUCUAGACACUGCCAAUGGUGUUGACAUGUUCCAUCCAAACAUCCGCGAGGCGAUAGAAGAAGCAUUGGCCCCCAGUGCCGAUGACGUGGAAAAGGAAAAGGAGAAAGAGAAGCAACUCCGUAGCAGAAUGAGCCAAGAUCUAGAUACUGCCAAUGGUGUUGACAUGUUCCAUCCAAACAUCCGCAAUGCGAUAGAAGAAGCAUUGGCCCCCAGUGCCGAUGUCAUGGAGAAGGAGAAAGAGAAGGAACGUUUUAGCGGUCGUCGCAGGAGGGGCCAAGAUCUAGAUACGUUCCAUCCAAGCAUCCAUAAUGCGAUAGAAGACGCAUUGGCCCCCAGUUCCCAUGACAUGGAAAAGGAGAAAGAGAAGGGACAGCUUAAUGGAUCGAAUAAUCUUGGAGCAGAAGGGCACGACCAGGCAUCUGUUGGUAUGACCAAUCUGUCUCGUGAAGAAGCUCUGUACAUACGACCAGGAGCAUACCACAGCGAACCAGGGAUAGGCGCACAACGCCGUUUGACGUUUUCCCCUGCAGUUCUUGAUGUCGGACACCGCACAAGUUCUAGUAAUUUGAUGCCCAGUGUGUCGGAACCAGGAUCCGAGACUCUGGAUAUACCCCGAGAUGAUUCUUUCGGCGACCAUGGACUGGUAGAGGCUAACCCUGUCUCCGACCAUCUCAUGCCGAGCCAGGAAGCGGACUUGUGGACCUCUCAGCUCUCGAAGAAGCCAAGGAAACCAAACAACGGAAAGAAGCUGUGCGAACCUCGAUGUACUGCUUUUGUGGCAUUGUUUUGCUGGCUGUUGUUGUUCUCGCGACAGUCUUUGGGAUUGACAGGAUCCAGAGCGUAUCAGUGGGUUUUGAAUGACCCUUUUCUGGCAAACUAUUCGACGGCCCGUCUUCUUCAAAGGUUCGCCUUGGCCACCUUUUUCUAUUCCACGGGCGGUGAUCAUUGGAUUGAGAAUGGAGAGAUAUCCGAUAGGCGCAGAAAUCUGGCUUCCUUUGUGAUAGUGGACGAAACCGAUACUCCCAACCAAACUCGACCAGAUGGGCACGACCAAGGACCGCCACCCACCGCAGACAAGCCGCUACUCGGUCCAAACGUAACAGAGGGUGUCACUGGAAUUGGACCACCAGGGGGUGAUCCAAGUGGUGGCCCUCCAAGUGGUGGCGGACCACCAGGGGGCGCUCCAAGUGGUGGCGGGGGAGGACCGCCUCCACCUCGCCCGCCACCUAAGCCACAAGCAGGCCAGUUUGCGUGGCUGGACUAUCAAGCGCCACAUGAAUGCCAGUGGUACACCAUGAGCGCCAAAGAUGGCAAGCUCAAUUGCAAUGAUGAUGGGGAAUACAUUAAUCUCAUCAUACCCGAAAACAACCUUGCAGGGACACUUCCUCCGGAGUUGGCACUUUUGUCCUCCAUGGAAGACGUCUUCUUGAUGGGGAACCAGAUUAGUGGGUCGCUGCCGACGGAACUCUUUGCGGGGUGGAAAAGGAUCCAAGGAAUAAUGAUGUUGAAAAACAGAUUGUCCGGGAGUCUGCCGUCAGAAGUGGGGCUUUGGAAGGGCAGCUUGCGGAAACUGCACGUUGUAGCGAAUGCUCUGACAGGAUCGCUUCCCGAUGAACUCUGGCAAAUGACAACUUUGAAAACCCUCCACUUGGCGAAGAACUCUCUGACUGGAACUAUCUCUACUGCUGUUGGGAACCUUAGUUCACUGAGCCUGCUAGAGUUGGGUCGAAACAACUUUGUCUCUGAAAUUCCAAGCGAACUGGGGUUACUAACCAAAUUGACUCUAUUGCAACUUGGUGGUGAAGAUCUUCGGGCGAUACCAUCUGAAUUCGGCAGAUUGGCGAACAUCAAACACAUGGAGAUGACAUCAGCCGGUCUCACUGGCACCAUUCCUACUGAGCUAGGUCUUCUCACAAACAUGCUUCGAUUUGCUGUUCCAAGCAAUCCAAAACUGUCUGGCACAAUUCCUGCAUCAAUGACAUCGCUUCUUCACCAAAACAACAUGAAUAAAACUGCGAAAUGCAGCAAGUUGCCACCUCCCAAAACGUCGGACGUUGGUGAUGGCUUGAGGUGGGUUUCUUUGACGGAGACAAACUUGACCGGAUCCAUGCCGGAAGAGUGGUGCAAUUCCCUAGCAAUACUAUGUUUCGACUGUUCCAAAAUAUGCGGUUGUGAUUGUCCAUGUGAUUGA